AUGACACUCGGGCCAGAGCUGGUGCUUAUUCAUUACUCUAUCGAUAGCCAGGAUUUUGUGAUGGCUUCGAUGGGGCCUGGGUGUUUCAGGCUGGAGAAUCAGGGCAUCAUGACCUUUGAGGACGUGGCUGUGUACUUCUCCUGGGAGGAAUGGGGUCUCCUUGAGGAAGCUCAGAGAUGCUUGUACCACAAUGUGAUGCAGGAGAACCUGGCACUUAUAAUCUCCCUGGGUUGUUGUUGCGGAGCAGAGAAUGAGGAGGCACCUUCUCAGCAGAGCAUUUCUCCACAAGGAGUGUCACAGGUUAGGAUUUUCAAGGCCAUUCCUCUUCUUCAGAAGGCCAUUCCCUGUAAGAUAUGUGGCCCAGUGUUGAGAGACAUUUUGCACUUGGUUGAGUACCAGAGAGUAUGUCACGGGCAGAAGCUAUACAUAGAUGGGGGAUGUAGGAAGCAAUUACAGUUCACUACAUACCUACAUCAGCACCAGAAGCAGCACAUUGGACAAAAAUGCUUCAGAAGCAACAUGGGCAGAGACUUGUUUCUGAACAGCUGCAAAUUCCAGGUAUCUGGGAAACCCUUUACUUGCAAAGAGGUUGGGAAGGAUUUCCUGGCCAGCUCAGAAUUUCUCCAACCACAGGCUACUCACAUUGGGAAGAAGUCAAACAACAAAACCAAGAGUGUUAUGGCCUUUCACAGUGUAAAGUGUCAUUAUAACUGGGGAGAAUGCAUGAAAGCUUUCAGUUACAAAUAUGCAUUUGUUCAGUACCAGAAAGUCUUUAGUAGGGAAAGAUGUUACUUGUGCAGUGAAUGUGGAAAAUCCUUUAGCAUAAGCUUUAGCCUCAGUGAUCAUUUGAGAGUUCACACUUCAGAAAAGCCUUAUAAAUGUGUGCAAUGUGGGAAAUCCUAUAGGCAAAGCUCUAGCCUUAUUACACACCAAAGAGUUCACACUGGAGUAAGAUCUCAUCAGUGUGAUGAAUGUGGAAAAUUAUUUAGCAGGACGUAUGACCUGAUUAUACAUCAGAGAGUUCACACUGGUGAAAGGCCUUAUGAGUGCAGGGAAUGUGGGAAAUCCUUUAGCCAUAACUCUAGCCUUGUUAUACAUUGGUGAAUUCAUACUGGAACAAGGCCUUACACAUGCAGUGAAUGUGGGAAAUCCUUUAUCCAUAGUUCAAGCCUCAUUACACAUAAGAGAGUUCAUACUGUAGCAAAGCCUUAUAGGUGCAGUGAAUGUGGGAAGUCCUUUAGCCAGAGCUCUCACCUCAUUAAACAUGAGAAACUUCACACUGGAGAAGGGUGUUAUGCAUGUAAUGAGUGUGGGAAAUUAUUUCUUUAUAACUCUCGUCUCUUCCAACACCAGAGAGUUCACACUGGAGUAAGAUUUCAUGAGUGUGAUGAAUGUGAAAAAUUAUUUUGCAGGAAAUUUGGCCUCAUUGUACAUCAGAGAGUUCACACUGGAGAAAGGCCUUAUGAGUGCAGUGAAUGUAGAAAAUCCUUUACCUGCAAAUCCUACCUCAUUGCACAUUGGAAAGUUCAUACUGGAGCAAGGCCUUAUGAGUGUGGGAAAUGUGGGAAAUCAUUUACCCAUAGUUCUACACUCCUUCAACACCAGAGAGUUCACACAGGAGAAAGGCCUUAUGAGUGCGAUGAAUGCGGGAAAUUUUUUAGCCAGAGUUCUAGCCUUAUUAGACAUAGGAGAAGUCACACAGGAGAAAGGCCGUAUGAAUGUGGUGAGUGUCGGAAAUCCUUUAGCAACCGCUCUAGCCUUGUUAAACACCAAAGAGUUCAUACUGGGGAACAGCCUUACAAAUGUAGUGAAUGUGGGAAAUCCUUUAGCCAGAGCUCUAACCUCAGUAAUCACAGAGUUCACAGUGGGGAAAGGCCUUAUGAGUGUAGUGAAUGUGGGAAGUCUUUUAUCUUUAACUCCAAUCUCCUAAAACACCAGAAUGUUCAUAAGGGAUAA